CACAGUUGUGGGUGCCUGAAACCAUGCGAGAUUUGCACUAUUCUCAAAGACCGCUGCUCUAUCCGUGGACCAUGUCGUGAGGUGUGGCUCCAGCGCUCGGGAUACUGCCAAUAGAUACGCCUGGGAGCGGGGCAAAAGAUGUCCGCCUCGGUAGGGCCCCAAAGCGGCCCUCGCCCACCCACCGUGCCGGCUCCCAUGCCUGAUAUGCCGGACUUGAGUCACCUCACGGAGGAGGAAAGGAAAACCAUCAUGGCAGUGAUGGUUCGCCAAAGGGAGGAAGAGGAUAAGGAACAAGCCAUGCUAAAGACACUGCACCAGCAGUUUGAGAGUUAUAAGGAGCAGGUGAGGAAGAUUGGAGCAGAAACGAAACGGCAGCAGGCUGUCCAUAAAGAUGAUGCACCUACUUGUGGCAUCUGCCGUAAGACCAAGUUUGCAGAUGGCUGUGGGCAUCUGUGUUCCUACUGCCAGACCAAGUUCUGCGCCCGCUGUGGGGGAAGAGUGUCGCUGCGCUCAAAUAACGAGGAUAAAGUGUGUCUCAUAGGGAAAGACAGGGUGAUGUGGGUAUGUAACCUGUGCAGGAAACAACAGGAAAUCCUAACUAAAUCAGGAGAAUGGUUUUCAUCAGGGCCUGGGGGGAGGCCUCUUAGUGUGGGCGCUCCCCUCAGUGUCCCUGAGUUGGAGAAGGACAGGAAGUUGCGCUCCAGAUCACAGGCUCCAGUUGCUAACGACACUCUGCCACACAGAGCUGGUGCUGGUGACCCCACCAAGGGAGCAGAUACGAUGCUCGCUUCACGCUCCCGCAGUGAACCACCACGAGACAAGAAGAGACCAGUGUCCCUGCACGAGCAGAAUGGAAAGGUGAUGGGACGUGGAGAGAGAAGGCGAGGCCCAGGCCGGUUGUCAUCACAGGCCUCUGAAGACCGAGCUCCAGGUGAGAAGCGUGACAGCAGACGAUUGGAGAAAGGCCACUCGCAGGAAUAUCCCGAAGAUGAGCCCACCCAUCCCGAGCGGCGAAGGAGACAGGAAGAGGAAGAGCGAGAGCGUCAAAGACGAGAAGAAGAGUAUCAGACUCGGUACCGCAGUGACCCGAACCUCGCACGCUACCCUGUCAAACCGCAAAAGGAGGAACAGGAAAUGCGUAUGCAUGCCAAAGUGUCCAAAAUGCGUCAGGAGCGUCAUCACAGUGACCUAGCCAUCAACGAAGUUGGAUUAAUGCAAGAUGGGGGUGAGGCGGCUGGAAAUCGCAUGAGCAGGCAACGAGUGGCUAACAACGAAGACCGCAAAGCCCUUAUAGAAAACCAUCGAGUUUAUUCUGUUGACAGGACCGUGGGGGUUGGCAUUGGGGGACAAGGAUCCCUCGCUAAACAGGGCCAUGGUGGCCCUCAAGUGGGCCCUACUGGGCCCCCAGACCUCAGGGACGGACAGGACUGGGGCCCAAAGGGGCAUCUGGAACCUGGGUCCGCAGCUUUCCUGCACAGGGCUAAGCGGGAAAAGGCUGCAGAAAUCAUGCGUAAAGAUUCUUCUCUUAGCUCGGACCAAUCUGAGUCGUUACGGCCACCGCCACCUAGAGCCUAUAGACCCAAACGAGGCCUCAACAAAAGGCAGAUGUCCAUCAGUAGCUCGGAAGAAGAGGGCGGCUCCACGCCUGAAUACACCAGCUGUGAGGACGUGGAGAUCGAAAGUGUUAGUGAAAAAGGUGACUGGGACUGUCAUCCUCUGGACCCAACUGUGUGGCAUCAUCCAGUGAGCUGGCAGCCAUCCAAAGAGGGAGAUCAUUUGAUUGGCCGGAUCACUCUAAGUAAGCGCUCCACCAUGCCACGAGAAGCCGGAUCCCUGCUGGGUCUGAAGGUGGUUGGUGGAAAAAUGACAGAGUCAGGGAGACUGGGGGCCUUUAUCACCAAAGUAAAGAAAGGAAGUUUGGCUGACAUUGUAGGCCAUUUACGAGCAGGCGAUGAGGUGUUACAGUGGAAUGGAAAGGCGUUGCCUGGAGCAACUAAAAAGGAAGUGUACAAUAUUAUUCUAGAGUCCCAGUCAGCACCUCAAGUGGAAAUAGUUGUUUCCAGACCAAUUGGAGAAACUCCAAGACUUCCAGGAACAUCACAUCCUCCUCUAGAAUCAACUGGUUCGAGUUCUAUAGAUGAAUCCCAAAAGAUGGACCGUCCAUCCAUCUCUGUAAUGUCACCGACUAGUCCUGGGAUGUUGAGAGACCUCCCUCUGGUACUGCCAGGCCAGCUGUCGGUGAAAUUAUGGUAUGAUAAAGUGGGCCAUCAGCUUAUUGUCAAUGUCCUACAAGCACGAGAACUGCCCCCUCGACCAGACGGACGACCCAGAAAUCCUUACGUCAAAAUGUAUUUUCUUCCUGAUAGAAGUGACAAGAGCAAGAGACGGACGAAAACGGUGAAGAAGUGUGCAGAGCCAAAGUGGAACCAGACGUUCCUGUAUUCUCACGUUCACCACAGAGACUUCAGAGAGCGCAUGCUGGAGAUCACUGUUUGGGACCAGCCCAGAGUCCAGGAGGAAGAGAGUGAAUUUCUGGGAGAGAUUCUGAUCGAGCUGGAAACAGCUCUAUUGGAUGACCAGCCACAUUGGUACAAAUUGCAGACCCAUGAUUUGUCAUCCCUACCAUUGCCCCAGCCGUCCCCCUGCCUCCUUCGCAGACAUGUUCAUGGAGACAGUCCAAGUAAAAAACUGCAAACAGCAGAGAGGAACUCCAGAGACAGGGAGAGGUCAAGCACACUGACCGUACCUAAGAGACAGGCGGUCAUACAGCAUCGCUCGCGGUCAGUAUCCCCACACAGAGAAGACCAAUGCAGAGCCCGCUCUCGACCUGCACACGUCCCUAUGCAGAGGAGUCUGGAUGAGAUCCACAAAAACCGCCAUCAUUCCUACUCUCCCUCUCACUACCACGACUCCCACCAGGAACAUCGCUCCGGAGAUUCUGACUAUGAAUAUUCAGAGGACAGCGAGGUCCUGGAGAUGCACAGAUCAAUCCGAGGUGGGAGUGCUGAGUGCCUGCAUACAAACAGUGAUCUUCAGCCUUCAUUAGACAGAAUAAGAAGUGCCAGUACAACUUGUUUGAGACCAGAGUCAAACUUCUACUUACCUGAAAGAGAAAGAGAACUUCAGCAUGGUGGACAUUAUUCCCCGGCAGGGACCACGUCAUUAGGGCGCAGGGGCAGACAGCUGCCACAACUUCCUGCAAAGAGCAGCAGUAUAGAGCAAGACCAUGUCAACAGUAAACCUGAGGAGAAACCUAACUCAGCACUAGCAGUGGAAGAGCGGGCUCGUCAGUUGCAAAUGAGAGUACAUUCCUAUCGGCCAGGCUCUUCUGCCAGCUCUGGUCAUGACCCAGAGGCAGAGCUCAAAAACAGGAGAGAUAUGUAUAAGGAUCAGAGGAGGAGUUGUGACAACAUGUCUGCGAGGUCAUCAGACAGUGACAUGAGCGAUGCAUCCGCUAUCUCCCGUGCCAGCAGUGCCUCACGACUGAGCGCCACCAGCUACAUGUCCAUCCAGUCUGAGAGACCACAUGGGAGAAUCAGGUCAAAGUCGUUGGAGAGUUGUAAAGGAGAUGAAAAGAAGGAGAGAAGGAUUUCAUGGGGGGUGAAUGGAACAGACAACAGGAGGAGUCUAGGAAAGAGACGUUUCUCUGAGGAGCUUAAACGCAGACGUCAUACGGUGGCUGGAGAUGUGAGUCGACAAGUCAGAGCCUCAUCUGGUCGAAGCAUGCUAAAGAGCACAAGCGUUAGCGGUGACAUCAACACGUCGGAGCGAACAGACGGCAGCCAGUCUGACACUGCCCUGGGAACAGUUGGAACCGGAGCGAAAAAGCGCCGCUCCAGCCUCAAUGCUCGAUUCGUGGCUAUCGUGGGAAACCGUCGCAGCCGAAGCACCUCACAGAUCAGUCAAACAGAGGCAUCCAAUAAGAAGUCAAAGGGCAGUCAAGGGACGAUCCAGCGCAGUCAGGAGACGGGAAUGGCUGUGGAAUUGCAGAGGAAUAUGAGUCGUCAACCCAGCCGUGAAUCUAACAAUGGAAGCAUGAACAGCUACAACUCUGAGGGCAGUCCAAUCUUCCCAGCAGUUCGAGUCGAGACUCAGUUCAGUGACUUCCUGGAUGGACUGGGCCCUGCUCAACUAGUUGGUCGACAAACCCUUGCCACACCAGCAAUUGGUGACAUUCAAAUUGGCAUGGUGAAUAAGAAAGGCCAGCUGGAGGUGGAGGUGAUAAGAGCACGAGGUCUCAUCCAAAAACCAGGGUCCAAAUCACUCCCCGCUCCAUAUGUCAAAGUCUAUCUUCUACACAAUGGGGCGUAUGUAGCUAAGAAGAAGACAAAAAUUGCACGCAAGACACUCGACCCGCUGUACCAGCAAACGCUGCAGUUUGAAGAAAGUCCACAGGGUAAAGUGUUACAAGUAAUUGUCUGGGGAGAUUAUGGGCGAAUGGACCACAAAUCCUUCAUGGGAGUUGCACAAAUCCUACUAGAGGAGCUGGACCUCUCCAGCAACGUGAUUGGCUGGUACAAACUUUUCCCGCCUUCUUCCCUAGUCGACCCAACUCUUGCCUCUUUAACUCGACGUGCUUCUCAGUCAUCCCUGGACAGUUCGCCGGCACCUGCGGGGGUUCGAUCGUAGUGGACUAAUAACAUAAAGCACAGUCUGAGAGACAACAGGACAACAAUAAGAACCAGGCAGAAAAUGCGAUGAAAUAACACAAAGCUUUGUUCAAAUCUGACAAUCACUCCUGUGACUUUGUUUUUGUUUUCCUGUUUGUGGGUAGCCCGUGUUCUGCCAACUUUGUUUGUCCUAAACAAAAUCGUUUGUUUCUCCCACUGUUUGUCGCGUGAGAUUUAGGGCUGUCUACACUAGCACGCGGGAAGCACCGCUUUAGGGCGACAUAGAAAGCAGGGUGAUAUUCAGUCAAGUCUUCAUUGAAAUGUACGUUAGCUAGUUUUUAACAGAGCAUCAGAAUGUAUCAACCCAAAAACAAAGGUGACCUCUGACCAAGGGAUUGUGGGGCCUCAGUCGAGGCCCUAUCUAAACCCUGUUUGUACUGAAAGUGAAAGGUCAGGAACUUGAAAGACGUAGGGCGUCCCCUGGGGAGGUUGUCUGGAAGGGCAGGGCCUUUCUUGGUGCCUAAACCUGGAGGACCCAAAGCCAUGGUCCAUUUCCUCCAAAAAAGUUCCUCUGUUUUCAACGUAUGUGACAGCUAACAGAGGCCGCUCUCGUCAUUUAUUUAGCUUCUUUUUUUAACAUCUCUAGCACGUUUUAUGAAAAACAACAGGUUUGUGUUGUCCAGUGUACUGUGAAAAUGACAGGAAAUGCUAAAAAUGAAAUUGAAGACAACGUAUCUGGAAAUACACACAUUUCUUUGCACAUUUUUAUUUACUUUUGUUAACUGAAACUAUUACAUUAUCCUACAGUACGUUGCAAUACAUCAUCUUAUUCAGUGAAUUGAAUUCGAUUUUUAGAUGUUUACACUUAUCAUUAAAUGCUAUUAAAAAGUAGAUAUUUAGUUCAUGAAAAACACUAUGUACCAAGAUAAACAUAUUUGUGACCCUGGAGCACAAAACCA